GAGAAGCAGAAGAAGUACAUGAUUCCUCUGGACAACCUAAAGCUCAGAAAUGUGGACCGGGGCUUCAUGUCCAGCAAGUUUGUUUUUGCUAUCUUCAACACAGAGUUAAGGAACGUGUAUAAGGACUACAGAUGCCUGGAGCUGGCCUGUAACUCUCAGGAGGAGCUGGACAGCUGGAGGGCGUCUCUGAUCCGGGCCGGGGUCUACCCCGAGAAG